UCUAAGUAGUUAAUAUUUUCCUAUUAAUGUCAAUCGUCUCAUCAAGGUGGCUGUGGACUCUCUUUUAAUUUUAGUAACUUCUCAUUCAAUAAGAAAAUAAGAAACUGCAAGCUUAUUGAUUAUCUAAUAAAAAUUUGAAAGACGUUUUAUGGAGACAAAUACAAUUAGUACCACCAUAGCUCGUUUCUUCCCCUAUAAAUAACAACUGAUCUUAGUAUUGUUCAUCACUCAACAACAAACACGAGAAAGAAUCAUAUAUUGGAAUAUUUCAAACAUCUUUUUUUUUUCAUCAUGGCUUUCAAAAAUGUGAUUUUUCUCCUAGCGGUUUUAUGCAUUGCACUGUCUGCAAAUGCUCAAUUACCACAAUUUCCGGCACCGUUUCCUUUUCCAUUUCCAUUCCUACCGAGUCCCGGUGUACCAGGAUUACCUGAUAUAACAAAAUGUUUGACAUCUUUUAUGAAUAUUCCAGGGUGUAUCGCAGAGUUUUCGCAAUCUAUACUCAUUGGAAAGUUCGGAAACAUAGGUCCUGCUUGUUGCAAAGCAAUUUUGGAAGCUGAAACCAAUUGCAUUCCACAACUUCCAUUCAAUCCAUUUUUUCCUCCUAUGCUAAAGGAACAAUGUUCAAAAACUGUUGGCGCACUUCCUCCUACCAAAAAAUAGAAUUUAAUUACAAAUAAUGUUAAUCGUUGCAUUUU